CCGCAAACUGAAGUCGUCUGAGGCUCCUGGCGGCACAAAAAAUUAUGUUUGUGGAAAUGUAGUCAUCCAUAAAUAUUCGCAAAUUAUCCAGCUACCUAAGACAUUACAGAAUUUUGGGCAGUCAUUUGAAAGACAACUGUUACUAAACUUUUUUUCGGAGAUUGAUUAACUGUUGGGAGAGCCCACCAUGGCAGCACCUGCAACCCCCUCAGCCCCUCCGUCAUACGACGAAGCUGUAGUGGGUGGGGCGGAUCCCGCCUACCCUCCAGCACAGCCAGCCUACCCUCCAGCACAGCCAGCCUACCAAAGCGAGGGCUACCCUCCACCACAGGGUGGGUACCCUGCGCCACAAGCCGCCUACCCUCCCCAAAGCACUGAAGGGUAUCCACCCAGUGAAGCCUAUCCCCAAGGUGCAGUGUAUCAGCCGCAGCCACAGCCGCAAGCAGCAGCUACCAGUUAUGGUGCGUCUUUUGAAACUCGACAGGGAAAUGCCUGGUCCUCUGACACAGGAAGAACCUCACCAUCCGACGAUGUGGAAGGUUUUUCGGCUCAAAGAAGCCUGAAUGACAAGAGCAUCCGACGCAAGUUUAUUCUGAAGGUCUACCUAAUUUUGACUGCGCAGCUUGCCGUCACAUUUGGAGUUGUUUGCCUUUUCUAUUUCGUGGACUCGGUAAGGUUUUUUGUCCAACGGAACCAGGCCAUGUACUGGGCAUCGUAUGGUAUCUUCCUGUUUGUCUACAUCGUGCUUGUAUGCUGUGCUGACUUCCGUCGCAAGACACCCCACAACUUCAUUGCGCUUGCCAUAUUCACCCUGAGUCUGGCCUACAUGACUGGCACCAUUGCAAGUUUCUACCAUGAAGGUGGUGGCCGGACUGUUCUUAUCGCUAUUGGCAUUUGUGCUGGGGUGACCAUUGGCAUCACGCUGUUCUCGAUCCAGACCCGGUUUGACUUCACCUCCUGUGGGGGGUUCCUAUUUGUCUUCGCCUGGUCCCUCUUCCUGUUUGGCUUCAUUGCCAUAUUCACGUACAGCCAGAUCCUGUACACUGUGUAUGCCUGGUUGGCUGCCGUGCUGUUCUCCUUGUUUUUGGCCUACGACACCCAGCUUCUUGUCGGCGGCCGACGCUACGAGUUGAGCCCCGAGGAGUACAUCUUUGGCGCCCUCAAUCUGUACAUCGAUGUGGUGUACCUCUUCCUGAUUAUCCUUUCACUGGUAGGGGGCGGCAAUCGCUAGAGGCAUGGUCACACACUUCCUACAUGUAAGCCCCACACUUGAGGUGUGUUUCGUGUGGAAUAUAUUUUGGUAACACAUGGAUAAAUUCUUGUCAAGUUCGCUGCAUGAAGUCCUGUGUAGACAGUUACUAAAAUUCCCAAAUGUCACCUGAUCUUGCAAAAUGAGUCUUAAAGUAAUGUUUCUUCACCAUUAUUUUUGUCGUAAUUUAUAAUUUUGAGAGCAGUGUUUGAGCUUUUUAUCUUGAUACGGCACUCAGUUUGGCAUUCUUAUGUAAAUGGAUAUUAUGUGGGUGAAACAGAUGUUGAGGUUUGGUGUUGAUUUACACUGUGCAGGGAUUCUUUUCAAAGUCUUUCACUCAAAAGUUACUGUAGGGGCUUCGGAUUCACGUCAAGUGAAGCCACAAAUUUGUCGCCUACAAAUUGACUAAAUUUUUGGUAAAAGGUCAACUGGAUUUCUCAGAAGUGGUCCAUUUCAGGGCCUCCAAAUUGUCUCGCGGAUGGUGUCUGUUAAAAUGGAAAAACCAAAAGCUCCUAAUCAGCUGACUUCUCUUUGAAGCGUGGGUACAUGGUAACGAGACAGUGUACCGUGGAUGUGUACAGGGUAUUGCAUUAUGGACAUGACAUUGAUACGGUUUGAUGAACAAACAAAACUAAUUUCAAAGGUCAGAUGGAUUUCAAAUAAAAUGAUUUUUUUCAAAAAAAAAGAGACAAUUUGAAAUUACAAACGUUGCAAAAGUAAAAGGUUUACUCAUGAAUACAAAGUAGAUCUAACGUUAAAGAUUCUUCGCUCUCUAUUUCCUAGUCACGAUGAUAAGUUGUAGUGAAUUGCAAACAAAACACAAAAAGUAUUGCUAGGAUAGUACUGGUCCCACUUGUAUAGCUAAGCUGUAGGCAGUAAUCAGGUAUUUUUGGAAUGUUUACUGUUGUUUGUCUGACAGGGCGGCAAUGCUCAUCCAGCACUUUGAAGUGCCAGGGUUCUAACUCACUUUGUGUUCUUCACUCUGAAGUGGGCAAUUUAAAUGAAGUAAAAUUAAAUCAUGAUUGUAAAUCCUUCACAUCAAAUACACUUGCUGAAUCCAAAAAGCUGAUUCAAAUCGAAACAAGUGGACAGAAUCGAACAUUAUGAUAAAAACCUUGCCAACCCAGAUUUUGUGUAACACAUAUCAUGUGCAUUCAUACAUCUUUAAUACUAGGAACUGGAAGGCUCACAGUCAUGACGAGGGGGGUUGCUGUUUAAAAUGUGCAAAACCUGCUAACAUUUCUAAUCAGUAAAAAACAAAAUAAAACAAUUUAAACGUUUUUGCCCUUUUACCCCCCAAAAAUACAUAUGUGGAUUUAAAUCAGUGAUUUUUCGAAAAAAUUCUUUGAUUUAAAUCGCAAUUUAAAUCAGGGUGAUUUAAAUCGGACAACCCUGACCCUUUAACCUUGAGGUGUGCGUGCUGUGUAAAUCACAAGGCAGCACUCCUUUUUUCUAAGAGGCACUGAGUGUAUGUCCACCAGUUCCAUCGAGCGCGAAGCCGCUGUUGUAACGGCCACAGAGCUUGUUGCAUUUUCAGUGUCCAGUACGCUGCUUGGCUGAGAUAUGUUGGCCCGCUGCUACCAUGACGUGCGAAGGAGUGCUGCUUCAACUUCCGGAAAUUGGGUGUCAUUUCCUGUCCUUAUGAAACAUAAUGUGUCUUUUCCUCCCUAUAUCAUACUUGAUGAUAAAUUUCUUAAAAGGUCAACUGCACUCUCAUAAGAUUCUGAAAGAUAAAGUGGCAGUAAAAGUAGAAGGUGAAUGAUCCCCAUCCCCAUUCAUUUAAGGUCCUGAUAUAGAGAGGCUUGAUCACAGUCACGCGGAGCAAUCUAGUUUGCAAAAAUUAAUGCCCCUCUAAAUGUAACUUGCUUUGAAUGACGUGCAGCUAGCAUGCCCAUCAUGCAGGAAUGAAAAAUGUUCAAGUUUGUUGACUUUGUUCUUACGCAGAGUGCUUCAAUGAUAUUAAACACUUGAGGUGGAAGUUUUGGUAUCAUGCAGUAACUCGCCCCCCCCGCCCACUAAAAAAUAUCAGAUACUUUUUCGAAGUAGAAACCUUAGCAUUGAUGUUGAUAUUGUAAUAUCAAUACAUUGUAUGAUUUGACUAUGUAUGUCCAGUGCAUCGUUCAGUUUGGCUUAACUCCUCUGUGUUUUAUAUUGAAAUAUGUUUUUUUUAAAUGUCACAUGCUUUAUGUCCUUCGGUCACAAGUGCACCUGCUUAUUGCAGUGGUAGGUACCGUUUCUGUAUCCAAUAUUACUAAUGACUCAAAUUAGCCAUUUCCUAUGAAUGUUUUAAGGUCCAGUGCUUGUUGUGUUGGACGAUUCUCAAUCAGAAGAGGGAUUUCGGUCAUUCUGUGCUAUUAUUAUUUAAAACGAAUGAUGUGAAAUCUGUGAAAGCUUUCUUCAUUGUACCUUAACGUUUCAAACAAUGAAGCUGUAACCCUUUCUUCUCGGUAAAACCGCGGUAGUCCACUGCUAAAAAUAAUUGCAUGUAUGGCAUACAAGAAUUGUAAGAAUGUGCAGAAAUGUUACGCCGUAGUGUAUUGGUACCGAGCGUUACACAUUGUCGACAUCAUAUUUUUAAAAGUAUAGAUAUUUUUGAGAGAUGUUUUGCGUUUACUGUUAGCCGCCGUACCGUGUGCCUUUUGUUUCGUGUGAAAGAUGAAUGGUAAUAUACUUGUACUCUUGUACUAAGGUGUUUAGUUUACAUUAAAACAGUGGAGUGAAUGGUGGAUUUUUACUACAGUAGGCUUCUACACAACGUGCCCGUUGAUAUUCGAAAGUACAUAUUCAUGUACUUGUAUUUUAUUUAUUUAUUUAUUUUUUUGAAAUAUGUAAUCAGUACUGUUGAAAGUCAUUUGAAUGCUACACGGAGCUGGCUGGAUAACCGUUGGCACUUUCAGCAACCUUCCCAGACAAAUGACGACCCGAUGAAGAUUGUAUGCACGCAGCAAGGGCACUUUCAGGGGAACACAGUUUUCAAGGCAGAUUUGUCAAAAUUGACAUUUUCACCACUUGAAGAUAUUUGGGGGACCAUUAAGCCAAGGUCAGCUCGCCGAAACUCACCGUGCGGUCCAACAUAGAAAAGGACACACAGUCCACGCAAACUUAACAUGGUCUCUGGUCGUCGAUUGGGUAGAGUACAGCAGAACUAUCCAAGGUAACUUCUUAAAGGUCUCGAGGAGAGUGUCACAUUAAAUGUGUGUACAUACUUUGUAUUUUAUUGGAUAACAAGACUGUCUGCACUAUGAAAAUAAUGUUAUUUGUGUCUGUCAAUUUACGUUCGUGGUGUGAUCCACACCCAAUCUAUUUGCCGGUAUUAAAAUGAUUGUGAGAAAGGUUGGAAUUUGUUAAAGGUAUUGUAUGCAAGUAAAAACUUGAUUGACUGGGUUUUCAGCAGCAAGGUUAGGCUUUCUUUGCUGGCGGUCUUGUGAGAAAAUCCGUCUUCGGGUUUCGAGAGAUAUUAAACAUGUGCCUUUCAGAUCGUGGGCACAUGAAACUUUGGAUAGCGGGGUUCACUUCAGAACCGGCUUCUCCUUUUAUAGAGUUAAUGGAAUGGUAUUGAAAUAAUAACUCCUGAGCUCAUAAUUAUUUAGAUUUCGAUAUACGACAUAAACCAAGCAUAAAAAAAGACAUAUGAACUACAUGUACAUUUAUUAUUGAAUAUUGCAUGAUGUUAUUAGAUGGUGGUAGAAUCUUAGGUUUGAUGAGUAUAUGAUAUGGAUUAAAGGUAUCAGGUUUUGUUAAUUUCUGUUUUUGGGAUGUCGUUUAAGUGCAUAAUGUCUUCUUAUAGAAGGUGUGAUCUUGGUGUCAGCCAUUGUAUCGUGAAUACAAAUAUGCAAGUCAGAA